AUGCUUCCCUGCUGCCUCCCACGUGCUCCCUCCUCCUCCGAGCUCGCUGCCGCUCUGCUUCCGGAGCCGGAGGACGACGACCUGCUCCGACUGUCCUAUCACCGAUGGCCUCUCGAUGCUUGGGACCUGAUCGGCACUCCUUCCGCGUCCGAGGAGGCUCCUCACACGCCCUCGUCGCCGGCGAGCUCGGGGCCCGAGGCGAGCAGCCUGAGCCUGAGAUGGUCGGACAAGGACGGCCGAGCCGGAUCGGGGAGGGGGAGCGGAGGAAGCCCCGGGGCUGUCGCCGCCCUCACGGACUUGGACGGCCUUGUCGGGCCCCGCAAGAGGCGAGCCUGGACGGAGGAGGAGCGGGGAGCGCACAGCAAGGCUUGUCACGGCAAGUCCAAGCUGUCGCUCAUGCAGAAGCUGGAGAUCAUCGAGCUCUACGAGACCACGACAUGGAUGAGCCAGACGGAGAUCGCGGCGAUCUUCGGCCGGAGCCGGUCGGCGAUCUCCAAGAUCCUGAGGCCGGAGAGCGUGCGGAAGCUGAAGCAGGCGACGGCGCAGAGGGGCGGGGUAGACGUGAGGCGGACCAGGCUGACAUCCACCAGGAGGGAGCAGAGCGAGGGAGUGUGA